AUGUUAAAACGUUCAGAAAAACUAUGGAUGGGCAGUGCCUUAUUUUUUACUAUAUUUUCAUUAGUUUGUAAUCUUAUUGGAUUUUCAACUCCAUUUUGGAUUCAAAUUUGGCCUCGUGUUGGUGAUACAACAUUUCGUAAAUUAGGACUUUGGCAAGUAUGUAUUGCUGGUUUUCGUAAUCCAAAAAAUUAUUGGGGAAAAGUUUAUUAUGGUUGCUGGUGGUUAUUUGCACGUGAAUAUAAUGGAUUACGAAAUGAUGGAAUAUUAACACCACCAUGGUUUAUUGCUGUACAAACAUUUGCAUGUUUUGGUUUAAUAUUUAAUAUACUUUGUUGUGCUGCAUUGAUUGUUGUUGCUAUAACACGAUAUCGUUUAUCACGUCGUUCAAUGCUUAUUGGUUGUAUUCUAGGUGCAUGUGCUUGGUUUUUCAAUUUUCUUACUGUUUUGAUAUUUGGCAUCUAUGCUGAUGCUAUUCCAGGAAAAUGGAUGCCACGAGCUGAUUAUACAUUUUUAUCGUGGUCUUUUCAUUUUACGCUCGGUGCAAUGAUAUCAUCAUUUUUUACUGUUGGUUUUGUUUUAUUUGAAAUUUAUUUUAUCACUCAAGCUAAAAAAGAAAAUAAUGAAAAAACAUUUAUUCGUCAUGUUGGUAAUCCAAAUCAACCAUUUGUUCGAACAAGUGAAAAAGAUGAACCAGCAUUCACACGUAAAGCUACAAAUGGUGAACAACCAUUCAUACGUAACAAUGGUGAUGAUAAUGAACAUGCAUUUAUAAGACGUGCUGAUAGUUCAUCAGUACCAGUAGAAGAAGCAUUCAUUCGUCGAGCUGAGAAUGGUGGAUCCGAUGGUGAAGAAGCUUUUAUACGACGUGCAAGUGGUACAAAUAAUCCAGGAAAUAAAUAUACCGUUUAA